UAAGCAGCUAAAAGUUCUUCAAAAAAAUAAAAAAUAUAUAAAAAAAUAAAAAAUAAAAAAUCUGGAGCCUCCCGUCGCUUUGUGAAAUUCCGAUCAACCAGAUUCGGUCGCUUCUUUGUGCAUAAGGAUUAUGAUCGCCGGCGUUCACUUUGCACGUUUCCUAUAAUCCUUCAUCAUCUUGUCCAAUCCAUUUCCCCUACCGCAGGAGCAUGUAUGUUCGGUGACGAUGUUGCGGCAUUGAGUUUGUAUUUCAAAUCGCACACACAGGGAGAGAGACAAGAGACAGGGACUUGGUUGAGGGCAUUUCUAUGGCUGAUAUCUACGUCUGGCUCCUCUCUUUCUUCUUUAUCAUUGCGCUUCUCAUACUCGUCGUUUUCCAGCUGAUGUGCUUAGCUGAUCUUGAGUUUGAUUAUAUCAAUCCUUAUGAUUCCUCAUCACGAAUAAACAAAGUGGUGGUACCUGAGUUCAUCACCCAAGGAGUCUUGUGCAUCUUUUAUCUUCUAACAGGGCAUUGGAUUAUGUCAUUCUUUUGUGUGCCCUACCUCUAUUACAAUUUAAGAUUGUACACUCAGCGAAAGCACCUGGUGGAUGUUACCGAGAUAUUCAAUCAGUUACCUUGGGAAAAGAAGCGAAGGCUUUUCAAACUCGUCUAUCUUAUUUCUCUUCUCUUUCUCUCCAUAUUUUGGUUGAUUUACAGUGCGUUGGAGGAUCAUGAUUCUUGAAUAGGAAUAACAGAGCUGCAAAUUGUUGUCUAGUAGGAGAUAAUGCCACUGUGCGACUCACUACAAAGUUUGGUGUUCUUUACUCGUAGGGUAUCUUAUUGUGUUGUAAUUCUGGACAAAUGAUUGCCUUGUGAGUAACAUCUAAAGGGGUUUUCUUUUUUCUUCUUGAUUGCCAACUAAAUGCUGCCCCUGUUUUGCA